AUGUCCUCAGUGGAGCUCCGAGCUGCGGUGAGUGUCCCUCCGGAUCGGGUCUUCACCGGAAGUGUCCCGCUGCUACUUCCCGCCGCGGACAACCCCCUGAAGCCGGGGAAACCCUCCGCCGCCGCCGGGGGUCCCCGGAGGAGAGGGGUCCUCGGGGAGAUCACUAACUGCCCCGGGGACACCGGGCCCACGAAGAGGAUGGGAGGAGCCAAAGCUUCAGCCAAACCCACUUGUGCUGUAAGAGGCAAACCUGCCGGGGUCCGGGCGGUCCCUCCGGUGGUCCAGGUCCCAGCGGCGGCCCUCCCUGCCCCCCCCGCCCCGGAGGACCCGGCGGACGUGUCCAUGAAGGAGGUGCAGGAGCUCUGCAGGUCUUUCUCCGAGCAGCUGCUGUCUGUGCAGGACGUGGACGAGCAGGACGCCGAGCAGCCGCAGCUCUGCUCACAAUACGUCAAAGACAUCUACAAGUACCUGCACGUCCUGGAGGUGGAGCAGGCGGUCCAGGAGGACUACAUGCAGGGCUACGAGAUCACGGAGCGCAUGCGAGCUCUUCUCAUCGACUGGCUGGUCCAGGUUCACUCCCGGUUCCAGCUGCUGCAGGAGACCUUGUACCUCACUGUGGCCGUCCUGGACCGCUUCCUGCAGGUCCAGCCCGUCUCUCGCAGGAAGCUGCAGCUGGUGGGCGUGACCUCCAUGCUGGUGGCCUGUAAAUACGAGGAGAUGUUCGCUCCAGAGGUCGGAGACUUUGCCUACAUCACAGACAACGCCUUCACAAAGUCUCAGAUCCUGGAGAUGGAGCAGCUGAUUCUGAGGCGCCUGAACUUCCAGCUGGGCCGGCCCCUCCCUCUGCACUUCCUCCGCCGGGCUUCCAAGGUGGCGCAGGCGGACGUGGAGGGCCACACGCUGGCCAAGUACCUGAUGGAGCUGACCCUCCUGGACUACCACAUGGUGCACUUCCGUCCCUCUGAGGUGGCGGCGGCCGCCCUGUGUCUGUCCCAGCUGCUGCUGGAGGGCGUGUCCUGGUCUCCUGCCCAGCAGCACUACUCCACCUACGACGAGGUCCACCUGAAGCCCGUCAUGCAGCACAUCGCCAAAAAUGUAGUGAGCGUGAACGAAGGGAAGACUAAGUUCCAGGCCGUGAAGACCAAGUUCUCCAGCAGCAAGCUGCUGAAGAUCAGCCUCAUUCCUCAGCUGAAGUCCUCCACCAUCAAGAACUUGGCCGCUUCUCUGCUCAACCCUUGA